GGUGACCAGAGACUGCGGACAGUACAGGGGAUGACAAGAGACUGCGGACAGUACAGGGGAUGACCAGAGACUGCGGACAGUGCAGGAGUGACCAGAGACUGCGGACAGUGCAUGAAAUGACCAGAGACUGCGGACAACAGUGCAGGGGUGACCAGAGACUGCGGACAGUGCAGGGGAUGACCAGAGACUGCAGACAGUACAGGGGAUGACCAGAGACUGCAGACAGUACAGGGGAUGACCAGAGAAUGCGGACAGUGCAGGGGUGACCAAAGACUGCGGACAGUGCAGGGGAUGACCAGAGACUGCACACAG